UUCCCAGCAACCCAGUGAAGCAACAGAAAGCGGCAGCAAGAGCACAAGCUCAGAGAAAAACUUUCAGCGCUGGUAUUGCUAGAACAGAAAAUAGUAAUAAAAAGGAUUUUGUAUAUUACAUUUCCAGUUUUACCUUACUAGCGCCAAAGCAUUCAGGACCAUGGACAGCGUCCGCGCGGCGGUUUACCUGAGCGUGUUCCUCUCGCUUCUGUGCGUCUGCAGGGGUCAGAUGUCACUGGACACCCGACUGAGAGUGCAAGAGGAGCAGGACAUCAACAGAGACCUGGCUGAGGCGCUCGAUGAACUUUUGGAUGGAGAUCAGGCCAAUCGGAUAUCUGUGGAGAAAAAAGCUAGCGUCAUUCCCAGGUGUGAUGUUGGGGAGCGCUGCGCCAUGAAGCACGGCCCGCGCAUCGGGAGACUGUGUGACUGCACGCGAGGAACAGCCUGCAAUACUUUCUUCUUGCGCUGCUACUGAUGGGGCUCGCGCAACUCUCCUCUCUCUCAGGCACUGUGAAGAAACUCGUGACAGGAAUGCUUGGGACACCUCAUCUAUUUAACAGUUUAAUUCUAAGCGUGAGAUUACACGUAGCCGAUUGAUAGGCCUUCUGUUCUAUUGUUCGAAACCUGUAGCCUACACUACAUGUUUAGAUGAUUAAACGAGUUUAUUUUGAGUAAUUAAAUGUCUUUAAGACUCAUUCGUUCUGAUACAUUGUCGGUGAGUGUAUAUGUAGGUCUAACUAUGUUUAAUAAAAUCAUAUAACUAUUAAAA